CCCCGGCCCAGCAUGUAAAAGCGGCCCCGCACAGCCGGGCUGCUUCGUCGCCUCGGAGCCUCCUCUGCUCCCGCUCCUCCUCACCGCCCGGCACGGCUGCAGCGUCAUGGCAGGGCACGGCGCCGGCCUGCUCCUGCUCCUGGGUCUCAUGCCAGCUCUCCUCCUGGCCGUAAGGAUCAACAGCAAGGGCCGGGAGGUGCUGUACCUGGCCAAGGGUGACUCGGUGAAGCUGGGCUGCCCCUACGUCCUCGAGCCUGAAGACAACGGUCCCCAGGGCGUGGGGAUCGAGUGGAUCCAAAUCACGCCCGAGCGGACCGGUCCAGAGAAUGUGUUCCUGUCCUACCACGACCACCACGUCAACUACGGCAGCGGCUCGGGGCUGCAGGACAGGGUGGCCUUCGUGCAGAACGACCCGGGGCAGCACGACGCCUCCAUCCGCCUGGCCGACCUGCAGGUCUCCGACACCGGUACCUACCAGUGCCGGGUGAAGAAAAACACCGUGGCGGUGCACGAGGUCAUCGUCACCGUGCAAGAGAAGCCGGCCACCCCGCAGUGUUGGACCGAGGGGGAGCUGAUCGAGGGGAGCAGCAUCCUGCUGCGGUGCUACAGCCGAGGGGGGGCCUCGCCGCUCGCCUACCAGUGGGCCAAGCUGGCCGAUGGCUACGGCGGGGGCCGCCUGCCCCACGGGACCAUCCAAGGACGUGCUCCUGGCGACCUUCUGAUCCGUAGCCUGUCCGAGGUGCACGCUGGCGUCUACCAGUGCCGUGUCACCAACCGUGUGGGCUACGCCGUGUGCCAGAUCAACCUCGGCCUCUCACCAAGCUGUGCUCCCGCGGCAGGAGGCGGAAGACAGGCGGGCAUCAUCGUGGGCUCCAUCCUGGGCUCCCUCCUGCUCCUCAGCCUGCUGGGGCUCCUCAUCUGGGCCCUCAUCUGCCGCUACCGCCGCAAGGAGUGCCAGCGGACCUGCAGCGACUGCAGGAGCAGCACGGGCGGCACCAUGACCCGCGCCUGCAACGUGUGCGCCCACCACAGCUACUCGCCCCACGGCAUCAGCUACAUGCAGUGCCAGCACGGCGACGGCGACGAGCGGGCGGCUGCCCUCAUGUGCAACGACGGCAUCCGGCACCAGGUCACCUGCCCGGCUCUGUAACCUCCCCCCCCGC